GCGCGCGGUACCUCCUCUCGCACGAGCUCGCAAGAGUUAGCAAUCGCCCCGAGCGCUGUCGCCCGACCCAACUCCAAACAGUCGCGCUGACUCGCGACUUUCGCGUCAUAUUUUAAAAUCGCCGCGAAACGUUACUUUAACAACUCUAUCCGUCUUCAAACUUUACCUCUUCACUGUCAACUUCUUCUCGACGAGCGCGAUACACUAACUCGGAAAAACAUUAAACUGGAAUUAAUUAAUUGAAGACAGUGUAAUGGGGUAUUCACGUGAUCUUACCUUCAGGAGGAGAGACAGUGAACAGUUAUAUUGAAAGGUGAAUAACAUCAGAGGCUUGACAUAGCAUGUCAUAAGUCACCAAUCGGUGACUAAUCCAGCCAGCGAACUCGUCACUACAUCAGAGGUACAGAAAAGCGUCGAAAUGGGCAAGAAGAACUCCAAACUAAAACAAGACACCAUUGACAGGCUGACGAGCGCCACAUACUUUACGGAGAAGGAGAUACGCCUUUGGCACAAAGGCUUUCUCAAAGACUGCCCGAAUGGCCUUCUGACGGAACAGGGCUUCAUUAAGAUCUACAAGCAGUUCUUCCCUCAAGGAGAUCCGAGUAAAUUUGCAUCGUUAGUGUUUCGGGUAUUCGACGAAAACAACGAUGGCUCGAUCGAGUUCGAGGAGUUUAUCCGAGCCCUAUCAGUGACGUCACGGGGCAAUCUCGACGAGAAAUUACACUGGGCAUUUCGUCUCUACGACGUCGACAAUGAUGGUUACAUCACUCGGGACGAAAUGUACAACAUAGUCGACGCAAUCUAUCAAAUGGUGGGUCAAAGCCCUCAGCCGGAAGACGAGAAUACGCCCCAGAAGCGCGUCGAUAAGAUCUUCGACCAGAUGGACAAGAACCAUGAUGAUCGGCUAACGCUUGAGGAAUUCCGCGAGGGCAGCAAGGCCGACCCGCGCAUUGUUCAGGCGUUGUCUCUUGGGGGCGAUUAAUCCACGAUUAUCCUCUCACCGGAUUUCACUUUCACAUAGGCAGCUAAUCUACUGUCUACUAUCUUUGCUUGUCUUAGUUUUCGCAAUUCUUGAUUUCUUUUCUUCUCUCCUUUAUUUCUGAAAUCGUCUUUUUAUGCUUCUAAAGCAAGUAGUGAAUGAGAAAAUGGAAAAUUUAAAUUAAGGAAAUAAAAAUUCGUUAAAUUUUUAUGACAAUAUGUUACUGUUAGUCGUAUACUUUACUCGAAUGAGUUUUCGGGGAUUGCAAACUCGUAUGAGUUUGAAUAGUAAGUAAAUGUUUGGGAAUCUGAAUUGUCGUUAUUGAAAUUGGUAUAAAAACAACGAAUGAAUGAAUACUGGGAGAUCUCAUUGGAAAGUUUAAACAACUGCUAGUGGACAAAUAAAUGGUUGUCACUGUAAAUAACUUGAAUUGAAAAAAUUAACGAGUUUGUCCUAGGGUCGAAAUAUUCUUUCUAAGUUAUUAUUUUUCAUUUUAUAAUUUACUGUUUGUAUUUUAUUUCGAAUUUGCUUUAUUUUCUGCGUUAUAGGUACACAUCAUGCAAUACCUAAUGCUGCCUUGUAUGCUCAACGUAGCCAAAUCUCAUUAAAAUACAAAAUCCGGUUGAGAGAGAACUUAGGCUUUAAAGCCGAAAUAAAUUAUGUACACAAUUAUUUUAAACUCUUACUAAUACACGUUUUAUCCAUCUUUAAUACCUAGAAUAAAAUCGACCAUCAAACAUCACUACAUGAAAUUUUUAAAUUCCAUUUAUAUGCCACACAUCGAACAUGAAUUCCUACCCUUUGUAAGUAUCCUAGGCUAGUUGUAAAGACUUGGUUUAAAGGCCACGCACACUGGAGACUUUUAGUCGCUCGAUAUUUCGAUCUGAUUCUGCGCUUAAUCACUAUCAGCAUGUAAUCGGUGAAAUGUGCGCACCUUUAUGAAAGUUCAUACUGUUUAAGCGAACAAUUAAACUAUCGGGCGAAGUCUCUAGUGUGUGGGGGCCUAAUGUGAUUAAAUUCCUUCGAUACGCAAUUUACCAAUCUUUAUAAUUUACCUAGACUGAUUACAAACUGGCGGAAUUCACGAUCGCUCAAUGACUUAAACAUUACACACCAUUUAGAUUGUAUUCACGAAUAACGUUGUUUAUACGAUCACUAUAAUGAAUCUCCCAUUUACAAAAAAAUUGUUCAUAAAUUCAAAGAAAUAAAAAUUGUAAAAACGUUUUUAUUAUAAGAUAAUAAGUAUACAAUAUUUAAGCCCCAAUAUCUUUGAAAAUUUGGGGUAAUAAGGAAAACCUUGCGGAUUUCACUAAUCGUAAAUUAAGUUAAAUAUUGAAAACUCUUUAUUAAUAUGACGCCGAUAUAAUAUCAAAUAUUAACCAGAAUUAAUGAAAAACAAAAACGGGCGCUAGUAGAUCCAUUGCACACAGAGACAGAGGGAUUUUUUUUAAAUUUUAAAUAAAGGUUAUGUUUGUAUUUGCUAAAAUGAUCUAAUCCAUAAAGAAAAAUAAGUAAAUGAAAAUUCACACUGUUGGUCGCAAUUAACGAGACAUGUAUGUCUCAAUUUUUUUCAAAGUAAUAUAACAAUAAGUUUUAUAUAUUAGUCGGCGAUGGAAACAGAAUAAAACAAACCGGCAAAAUUUACCAACAUGUUUAUAUUUUGGAGGACUUUUGGAUAUUUCCCUUAAGAAUUUCUCAUCGUUCGUACUAAUGUAAUUUAAUAUUAAGAAUUUACUGAUAAGAACUGCUUUAUAACUAUAGUAAAAAAUUGUUCAUUUAAUUCAAGCAUAAUUCGGUGAAAUCAUUGGUUUUACAGUUUUGAAUAAUUUAACAAACUUAAAAGGCGUUUUGAAGUAAUAAAGUGUAACGAUGGUUUUCAAGUCAAUUUUUGUCUUUUGACGAUGUUUGUAGAAAUUGUUGACAAUUUGGAAUGAUAGAGAGUAGGACAAAAUUUUGCGGGCUGUGCAUUUUGUCUAGAUAUAAGUAGAUGGUUCUGCGUGAUUUCACUUGUGAUUAGAAUAAAAAAGAAAUUUAAUGGCUCAGACGCCUUUAGGACUUAUGUCUUGUUUAUAUUGUGCCAGUAUACUGAGGCAGUAACGAUCAAAAUCCCCGCUGGUAUACAACUGGCUUAAUUUAAGCACUAACUGGCGUCAGUGAGUCACAUUAGUUCAUCCCAGGCCAGCCCUACUGUCCCACUGUACUGGGACGAUGUAAACCAAGCAUUAUAGACGAUUGAUUGAAACAUUUUGUGACGAAUGAACAUUUGUGAGAUUUACAUCUCAUUUUAAUUUGCUAUAGAAACAAUUUUCUUAUGUUAAGAUUGUACUUCUUUUUAACAAACUUGCAACACUUUGUUUGAACUAAAUUUUACACGCAAGCAGUUUAUUUUACGUCUUCAAUUACUAUAUCUGAAUCUUUUGUACUUUUAUCUAUAACUUACCUUGCAAUGGCAAUAAUGCCGAUAUUUAUAGUAAAAUUAAUUCCCUUAAGAUGAUUGUAGAUGUUUAAAUUAGAAUCCGUAUUCAAAAAUAUAAUGGAAUUAAUGUAUUCAUUCUUAAAAUUAUCAUAGUUGAAGUCGGUAGCCAAAAUUCAUUCAAUAGAUGUAAUGUAGAAUAUUAGUAUGGUUCUUUAUUUACUAAAACACUACUUUUACUUUUUUUUAUUUCAACUUUCGAAAAUAAUAAAAAAACAUGCUACUUUAUUUUUAAGUUGCAAAAUGUUAAUUAUAAUUUAAUUAAUUGUUAAUAAUGGGUUCGGAUUUUGGGUUUCUUUUACGCUAAUUAUAAAAUCGAAACAUUGGUAGCGAACUGAAAAAUUUUUACUUCAAAUAAUACACAUUACAUAUUGUUUUGGCGCAAAAAUGAACGAUUUUCAUCUGAAUAACAUACUUUCAUAUUUAAGAAAUAUUUGUUCAGAAAUUCGACGUUAUUUAAGUUACACUUACACCUUAUUACUUAAUAUUAGUCUUAAGAAUAGGAUAAGAAUUAUUUAGUUCGCUACAAUGUUUCGUAACUUUUAAAGGAAAUUAGGCAUUCUAAACAUUUCAGCAUACAGCCGUGGAAGGAAAUGGGUGCCGAAGGGAACUCAAUUUUCAUAUGAACUUGAUAUCUAAUUUGAAAGCUAACAGUCUAAAAUUUAAUCAUAUUUAGAGCAGUCUUCGUUCCAUCUUCCCUGUUCCGGUUCAUUCCCGCGGCUGUUUGCUACAUCUGUCUCUAUCAAUUCUCUGUGUACAUAAUUAUUACGAUUUGCAAACUUUACAAACUUAACUAAUAUGGUAUUAUUCACUUUUAAUAUAACUGAUUAAUAAAGGACAUUA